AUGAGUUUACAGUAGUCAUGUAUUUUGAUUUUUGUGAAAGACAAAGCAUCAGUCUAGUUUUCUCCUCGCUGCAGAGCUGUGGCUGUUCAAGAAGUAACAGUUAGCUUGACUAUCGUCAAGGUUUGGAUUCGCGCAGGGUGGUGCUGCUGAUAUACAAACACGGGAAAUCGCGUAUGAAGACAGAAAAUAGAGAGAAUGUUUGCUGAGAGAAUUUCGCUUGCUGUCAAGACUUUUAUUCUUUCGGAGCUUUACGGGUAAUCUACUAGAGUGUUGCUGUUGCGAUGCCAGGGCAGAAAAGAAAGAGGACAGCGCCAAAGGAGGAUGUGAGGGAUGGCAAUGAUGACGACGGCUUCAUCAGUCCAGACAUCUCUGAAGAUAGUGAUUCUGGAGAGGAAGGGGAGCGUCAUGAGCGCCUUCUGGCUUCACUGGCAGCUCUGCAAAAAUCAAGGAAGAAAAAAGUAGAAAGGUCGCAUGUGAUCAGUACUUCUUCUGAGUUUCCAUCUGCGAAAAUCCUUGGCGACAACGCUGUUGCGGAAAGAGUGGGAAAGAGCAAUGACCUCAGCAAGAUUCCCAAGAAGUUGAACAAAGGUCUGCUGGGGAGUAAGAAAGUGAAGGCUCCGCUGACUAAGCCGCAAAAAGAAAGGGCUGAACGCUCCGCUGCGUAUGAUAUAGCAUCUGAGGAAAUCAGCAAAUGGCAGCCACUGGUCAAGAAGAACCGUGAGGCGAAGCAACUCGACUUGAGAGAUGAACAUGCGUACUCUAUGCCGAAAUCAGUUGGACAGUUCCUACAUGACAACUUCAAGCCUCGAGAUGAAUUUGAGACAGAAAUGUUGGAAGUGAUGAAAGACCCAACCCUCUCCAAUAAAAUUGGUAAAGAUGGCCUGACAUUGACAGAACGCAGAGAGCUUGAUGCCAUGACGAUAGAGGAGGCCAAGGAGCGACGUGCCGAGCUGCAGAAGAAUCGCGCCCUGCAGUCGUACUAUGAGCGAAAAUGUGCACGUCAAAACAAAAUCAAGAGCAAAAGCUACCAUAGAGUAAAGCGGAAAGAAAGAGAAGCUAGGGCGGAGCGAGCAAAGGAACGAGGAACUCUCAAGCACCAGAACACAUCGAAAUGGGCAAAGAACUUGAAGAUUCGUGGCCACAAGGACGCAACGACUCGGCAGCUUCUGUCCGACGACCUCCGGCGAGGCAGUGAACUGGUGCAAAAAGACCCCGAGAAUGAGGAGGAAGUGAACACCGACACGGAUGGUGACGCAGUAGAGGAUGAGGACAUGGUAGAAACUGUACACGUCGAAGAUAAUGUGCAUUCACGGAAUGGUCAAGACAGUGAUGAUGCGCUUGUACAUGAGGAAGCCCGUGUACACAAGAGCUUGACAACACGCCACAAGCAACCUAACCUGAGCAGUGCCGGUGAACUGAUGAAAGCGGACAGCGCGGAUGAAGAAGAUGACGCUGAGGAAUCCGAUAGCCAUGAUGAUGAUGAUGGCACUGAGGAGGACGAUGAGGAUGAUGAGGAUGAAGCCGAGGAGGAGGAUGACGACGGUGACGAUGAUAAUAACCAAGCUGGCAAGAAGGUUGAUGAUGAUGGCGAUGAGCAGCGUGUACAGUUUGUAGGUGAUGUAGAUAUGCUUCUGGAGGCUGGAGCUGGUGCUGCAGAUGUUCUAGCUGGGGAACAACAAUGCAAUAUUGCAGAGUCCUUUGCAGCUGGAGACGUGCAGGCUGCGUUUGCCGUUAAGAAAGCAGAGGAGGUGGAGGCAAGUAAGCCGAAAGUUGUUGAUGACUUCCUGCCCGGGUGGGGUGACUGGGCUGGCGACGGUGUACAGCUUUCAAAGAAGGCCAAACGGCGCAAGCGGCGCUUUGUCAACCACCAGAAACCUGGCCCGAAUGGUGAACCUCGUGCUGACCGCAAGCUUCCGCAUGUUAUCAUCAGUGACAAGCGCCACAAGAACUUGGAAAAACAUCAGGUAAAGAACUUGCCAUUCCCGUUCACUUCUAAAGCACAGUACCAGCAGUCACUGCGCAUGCCAGUUGGCCGAGAGUGGCAUACGGAACAGUCUUUCAGAGACCUGUGCCAACCAAAGGUUCUCACCAACAUGGGUGCCAUCAUAGAACCGAUCAAAGCACCCAAGGCCAUGACAAGGAAAAUCAAGGCAUGAAACACAUGGGCACACUUGUUGCUCACUCGAUGCUGCCUGUCGAAACAUCGAUUGUUUUGAGAUUUUCACAUCUGUUUUUACAAGUUUCGGCAAGCAGUGAAUUGAAUUCAUAACUUCAUAGUGUACAUAAUAAUAAACUUUAACCAGGAUUAUGCUUUCAUACUGGCAACUUGCAUACUGGUGCUAUAAUCCUUGUCCCCUGACCAAGGUGAUGAGGUAAAGACUGUCCUUGAGGUGCUUUGGACACCACUGUAAAACAGUGGCUCAAGCUGA